GGACGUUGAAGACGCUGAGACGAGUAAAGCAGAAUUACCACGGUCUGUAGUUUUUUUUUUUACACAGAAAAUAAAACAAGUUAUUAAAAAAUGACAUUAAAUUUAGAGAUGUCUUGAGGUUCCCAUGGACACAAUGGGAUGAAGAAGGAAAAAAACUAUAAUUACAAAGAACAUCGGAGCCAGCCAGCAAACUGGAGGUUUCCACUCCCCAGCCAUGAGAUUGGGACUAACUUCUCAUAAAACCACACCCUUUGAAAUCGCUUCGCAGCACUUUCUGUCCGCAACUGGUGUCACGGAAGCUGGCGUGAUUGCCUUCAGCCAAAACAAACGGCCGGCUUCAAAGGGUUUGCAAGCACGCGCGCAGGAAUGAGUGACGUAGGGGGCGUGGCCUCAACUCUAUAGAUCACAGCGGAGUCCCUCGGCGCGCGGUGGGUGAGUGACAGGCGCGGACUACUCUUGUUGUGUACUUGGCCGCUCGUGUUGCCGCCUACUUCCACACCUCUAAUGGGCGGCAAUCCACAUGUCUGCGCUCUAUAAAAUAGUUCUCUUACCCCAACGUCGCUUCUCGCGUAGAAAUUGCUGCAACUGCACUCUAAAGAGGAUUUAAACGUUUAGAAAUAUUAUUCUGGAUUUUUUUAAAAGUCAGAAAACGGGGAUUACGAAACCGAUUUGGGAAGUCAGGGAGCAAUAAAAUUUGUCGUCUGCGCGCGCAUGAAUUUAAUGGCGCCUAACGCCGAGCCGUGCACCAAGGCAGCGCGAGUAAAGAGCGUCCGAACCACUUGAAUAGGCUCUCGUCAGACACGCUCGAGUCCGCGCGAUGAAGACUAUCAGUCACCGUAGGCUUGCGUUUGGCAGCGGCCGGCCGGCAGACGUCCCCCCAGAGCCCAGCGCGAGGAGGUUACCUAUGAUCACAGGUCGCUUGGCAGCAGACGGCAAGUUGCUGCUCCGUCUGCUCGCAGUACUGGAAGUCGUGUGAGUGGAGGUGAGGUGUGUAUGUGUGUGUGUGCGCGCGCGCGCGUGCGUGUGUCAGUUUUUCUACGCACCAUUCAACAUGCGGGCCGCGACCGUUGUGCGUGUCCCACACCAAUGUUACUGUUGCAGUAGUAGUAGUAGAAGAGGAAGCAGCAGCGUCUGUGGUGGUGUUGGAAAUAUGUUGCAUCUUCUGAUCCGUGACUGGAACGCAGGUGUUGUGUCAUCAUCACUGGCGUUGGUGUUCUCGCAUCGGACUCGACACCAGCAGCUGCGUGGAGUCCAGGUGCGUGCAUCGUGGUGCUGGAGAUGGUGGUGGUGGUGGUGUGUCGUUGUCGUCGGAUGCUUUACCUUGGUGCCAGGAGCUGCUGCUCUGUCGCUGGACAGUCCGCACAUGAAUGGUCGGUGCGAGCCGGUGACGAUCCCCAUGUGUCUGGACAUGCGCUACAACAUGACACGGAUGCCCAACCUCGUGGGCCACUUCAACCAGAAGGAUGCUGCCAUCCAAGUGCACGAAUUCAUCCCCCUCGUUCAGUUCGGCUGCUCGCGCUUGCUGAAAUUCUUCCUGUGCUCUCUCUACGCCCCGAUGUGCACAGAGAUGGUAGACGAGACCCUCAUUAUCACGGCCUGUCGCUCCAUGUGCCUGGAGGUCAAAUCCAAGUGCGAGCCCAUUCUGCAGCGGUUCAACUUCCCUUGGCCCAGCAUGCUGGCCUGCGAGAAGUUACCCGAGAAGAGUGACCCUCGGAAUAAUCUGUGCAUGGAAGCACCCCCGGUCACAGACGAACCUGAGUUCGAUGCCGGAAAUGUAGGAGGCUCACUGGAUGACAACGCUGAAUGGAGAAAGCUUUUCGCCGAGUUCAAUUUCAGGGACAGGACAACGACGGAGCCCGCACGCAGGGAAGAGGUGGGGCGCGAGGGGGGCCCGUGUCCGCCUCGCUUCGUGCACGUGGACAAGAUCGAGGGCAACAACACGUGCGCCCCGCGCUGUGACGUCGACGUCUUCUUUCGCAAGGAGGACAAACACUUCGCCAAGGUGUGGAUGAUCGUGUGGGCGUCCUUGUGCUGCUUGUCCACCUCCAUCACAGUGUGGACCUUCGUCAUCGACACCUCCCGCUUCAAGUACCCGGAGCGGCCCAUCAUCUUUCUGUCCAUGUGCUACGCCAUCUACUCUGUGGCCUUCAUCAUCCGGGCAGUCACGGGGCCAGAGGCCAUUUCCUGCGACAAGGGCCGGGACGGCAGGACGUUCCUGAUCCAGGAAGGCCUGGAGUCGACCUGGUGCAUCAUCGUCUUUCUCAUCCUGUACUUCUUUGGCAUGGCCUCGUCGAUCUGGUGGGUGGUCUUGACCUUGACCUGGUUCCUGGCCGCCGGCCGCAAGUGGGGUCAAGAGGCCAUCGAGGCGCUGAGCUCCUAUUUCCACCUGGCGGCUUGGGCCAUUCCGGCCAUCCAGACCAUCGUGAUCCUGACCAUGAGGCGGGUGGACGGGGACGAGCUGACAGGAAUGUGCUACGUGGGAAACCAAGACAUCGUGGCUCUCACCGGCUUCGUGCUGGUGCCGCUCAUCAUCUACCUCAUCGUCGGCACCGUCUUCAUCCUCGCCGGCUUCGUGGCGCUCUUCCGCAUCCGCAGCAACCUCAAGCAAGAUGGCGGCGGUGGACCCAACAUUCGCAAGCUGGAGAAGCUGAUGGCCAAGAUCGGGGUGUUCUCCGUGUUGUACACUGUUCCGGCCACCUGCGUCAUCGGCUGUUACUUUUACGAGAGGAUGAACUUUGACAGCUGGCAGCGCGAGGCCAGGCGGCGGCCUUGUCUGCCCUCCUAUGACUGCCCCCUGGAGCACGCCAUCCCUACUGUGGAGGUGUACAUGCUCAAAAUCUUCAUGUCCCUUGUCGUCGGCAUCACCAGCGGCAUGUGGAUCUGGUCCUCCAAGACCGUCAGCUCGUGGAAAAACUUCUGUUCGGGAAGGUUUCGACGGAGAAAGUCCGGACACGCCGGUGGUGGUGGAAGUGGCGGGGCUGGUGGUGGGGCUGGAAACGGCGGUGGCGGUGGUGGUGGUGGAGGAAGUGGGGGCGGUGGAAGCACUCAUUAUACUGCCAGCUACCACCCCGCCCCCGUGGUGAUUAUGAAGUCGCAUGGACACAAACAUCUACCCAAGAUGGCGGGGUCGCGGGUGUGACGCACGUUGGAGCUGUGAAGACUCGGAUCUGUGUUUUUGAUUGGAUGGGAAGGUUGGCGGAAGUUUGAGUGUAGGGAGUGAGAUGCAGACUGGGAUUCAACCGAACUAAUGGGAACUUGUAAAGGGGUGGACGAACCUCGAAGACGCCUUUUUCUCUCUCUCAAGUGGUAGUGUAUGAACACUGUGCCGGGUGGGCUUCAGUCACCUGUGACACAUUACCUGUGCGGCUUUUGUCAGUGGUGUCUUUGUGCUGCCCACCCCCGACGUUGUGUUCAUUUCAUCGUUUGAAGCAUUUCGGUUUCUCGAGAAAGAGCGAGUUAGAUCACGCGCCGCAAAGCACGCGCGGCAUGUGAGUGUGUGCGCGCGCAUGCGCAUGUGCACACGUUUAUUUGCUUCUUUUGACGAGGCGCGCAAUCCAGACACAGUCCUGCACAGAGGACAAGGCAGUUCUUGACUUUCCUUCAGCGCGUGCGUGCGUGUGUGUGUGUUUGUUGAUGCGUAGGUGUUUUUUGCAAACUUGCAGAGAGGCAAUGGAGUGAACGGGGAGAGAACUUUAUGGCCCUGAGUGAAUAGACGCUGGGUUUUAGUGCCUGCCUUUCGACAGAGGGCGCCACUGUUGCUGUGUUAUUGCUGAUUCUUUGUACACGGCUUCAAGGCAGAGCCGGAGGAAGGAAAAGAGAAUAAUGGAUUUCUUCUCCAGGUUCACGAAGCUGGAACUGGUUGAAGGGUUAGAAGAGGAGAUCACUCUAGAGGGCUUUUCUCAUUGUCACAUUAGCCGUAGCAGCUCGGACUGGAGGUUUGUCUCCCGUGAUGUAAGCCUAGCGGAGGGACUGGUGCAUCUAUAUAUACUUCGGUUUUGAAAGGUAGAAAAAUGUUGGAAGUAUGGUUUUUUGGGGUAGGUGAGCGGGCGGGUAAGAUGGGGUGAGACAGUGUAGGGGGAGGGAAUCCCUCUGAAAUAUGUCAUUCUAGCUGUACAUGUCAAGUAUUUGGCUCUCGCUCUAGCUCUCGGCUGUGCACUCACACACGGAUCAGGCCCAUCCUCUAGCUCCCCUCGCUGCACGGGGGUUGGGGGUAGGUGUUGAGGGAGGGUGGGAGGUGUAGGAAGGAGCGGGAGGCGUAGAGGCAGCGCACCCCAUAAUCUCAUCAGGCGUCGCUAAUGAUACCUUCUGUCCUGAACAUCACUACUGGAGUGCACUCGGCCUUGUCUAAUAGCUCUCGCGCUCUCGUGCUCGCUCCCUCGCGUGCCUGCGCGCACAUACAUCCACCAUGUGUGCGCGAUGAAAUCACAAAUGAGUUGGAUACAUUCCAGUAGCGCACACUUCCCUGCAAUACGUGCGUGCAAGCGCGUGCUUGCGUAUUGUGUAGUGCAGGUGGAAUUGCGGGUAGAGGAUGCGAGGGGUAGGUUAAUUUAUUUGUCGUGGGGUUAGUCGGCAGCGGACCCAACACCAAAAAAGACACAAACGGCGGGUUUCAAAGUUGUGAGAAGUUAUGAUGUUUGACAGUUACAGACGUUGGGGUGAAAGAAGAUACUGGAACAGAUGCGACAAAGAGUUCGCUCACUCCCUCGCCACCGAUCACAAUAUCACUUACAAGUAAAGAGAAAGCAAGGGUUACUUUUUAUUAUAGCCCCUAUUUUGUUGUUUUAAGACCCUCGCAGUUCGUGGGGCCGUUCAUCCCUCAGAUGUUACCCUGAAGUCACCUUUCCCACCGUCUUUGGGUGGCGGGUGGAGGUUUUCAUUAUUCACGGGGGAGGAGUGAGUGGAUUGUGAGCACUAUAAACUUCCUGUCACUUGCAAGCAAGAAGUAUUCAUUUACCGUGUGAAGUUUUGUGUAAUCGAUGUUUUUCGUGUCUCGCUGAAGAGGGUCUUGAAGAUCGGGGUCACACAGAGCUGGGGAAGGGCUAUGCGGCGUUAGGGCGGCAACCAAAGCGCGCGCGCACGCACACAGUUCAAAGCAACACUUCAAAGCGCGAGAGCACAGUUACGGCGCUGUUGUGGAGAGCUGGCGAGAGGGCCAUAGUUUCGCUUGGCUUUAGUGAUGACAGAGAAGGAUCUCAUCUAUCCCUGGGCUGAGUGUGUGCAUGUGGUAGAGAGAAUAGAUAAUUAUGCGCUAGUGAAAGUUUUGGUCAAGUCUGAUGACACGGACAGAAAAAAUCCCCCUCUCGAGCGUUGGUGUAGACAUGAGCACACACGUGUGAAUAUGCAAGUGUAUAUGACUGUAGACAUGGGUGGUUGUGCUAAUUUACAUGUAAACAGUUACUGAAUGUAUUUGCGCGGAUGUGUGUAUAAACAGUAGCCAAGGCAGAACCGUAGUACUGGCAUGAAAGAAAAUACUGCUACAGUUGUCUCGCCUGCUCAGUGCAGUCGUACCGACAUCAUCACGAGCUUUCAGUGUCUCACACCAAUCACAGCUGUGACACCAGAUCAAUCCCAACUUCCUUCCCCAUGUCCUGUCAUCAGCUGUGUGCGCUUGAGCAGGGAAAUGCUUUUCAUUUCUAUGAACCACAUGAUGCCAGUGUGAGCAAGAGGUGCAGCCAGGGGAUGCUGGGUAGCAAGGACAUCCAGGACUAGAGCUGUGUGUGUGGGUGAGACAACUGGUGUUCCCAUCAACAGCAUGAAGCCCUGCACCACAGACCUACAACAGUUGAACCAUAAUGGUGAAGGUACUGCAGGAACAUCAACUGUUUUUAACUGUCGUAUGAAAACUGCAAAAAUGUUGUCAAGAAAGGACAAUAAUACUUCGGAAGCUGUGGGAGUACAAUGUGAAUUAUUUGUGGCAAGAAGGAUACAUGAUGCUGGCCAGCAACAGUUGUGAUGCGAACAGUGUACAACUGUGGACUGGUAAAGAGACUGUAGGCAAUUGAAGCCAACAAAAGUGUUAUAAUAAGUUCGGAAUAUAACCAUGAUGAUGUUCAGCGCAUUUACAAUUAGUUUGCCUUUGGCUGAGGUACAUUCUCAGUUAUUAUUACUAGAGCCGAAUAGGGAAGGACAAUGGGAGAAUUCAAGCCGACACAAGCAGUUAAAUGAGGCGGAAAUAGCAAGAGAAUUUUAGUCUUUUACAACAAAAACGGAAGAUAGCAUGGGAAACAGUGAAGGAACUGUUGAUAAGCUUUGCUGAAACAAAUGAAUAUUACAAGAAUGUUACAAGAAAUUUUGAACGAUUGGGAAUUUUAUUUGACGAAGGCUGUUUUAAAAUGAACCAAAUAUAUUCAAUAGUAAAAUUAUUGUUGAGCAGAAAAUUAACAAAGGACGGCUUUGCAGGAAAUAGGCAAAGUUUGUGUAUUAGUAACAAUGAAAGGGUUUUAGUUAUGUAACAUGUAACAAUAUUUUGACAAGAACAUAAUUUUACUCUCAUGCUUGCAGAGAAGGUAACAAUAUUUCUGCACUGCGGCCACAUGAUUACAUUUGUGUUUUUUAAAAUUAAAGGACUUUACCAAGACAGGUAAAGUCCUGGUGUUACAAAGAAGCGGGGCCAUUCCCCUGAGCAGGUUCAGGUAGAAACUGCAGACAGAAUAAAAAUAGGGGGGGGGGCGAUAGAAGAGAAGGAGGGUUUUUAUUUUGGACUGUUUGCUGAAGCACGAAUUUCAAGUCUUUCAAGGAUAUUAAAGACAUACAUUUCAUUGUUUAGCGGACCUCCGCUUGGCGAUUGACUAUGGCUUACGAUUUAUCACUGGGUUUGUUUGUCGAGGCGGCUGGAGAGGGUGGCUGUAACUCACCCACAAUGCCUGUCGCGCGACUCCAGUGCCUGUAGGACCAACGCCUGGGCAAACAAAUCCAGUGACGAGAGCUCAGUGAGGAGCACACGAUCUUCUUUUUGUUGCUACACACAGUUUGUGAACAAUAAAGUGCAGUAUAUAUGUUGGUGGAA